UUACAGCUUUCAAACAUGUUUAUCUUUAACAAUAUUUUUCUCUUUCAAAAGAGUACUGGGGUCAAUACUACUUGUCAACUGUGCGGACAGUCCCCAGUCCCUAAGAAGGCAGCUGGACGUGGGAAGGAUAAGAGUCCUACAGGGCCCCCAGCCUCCAAGGCUGCAAAGCCAGGAAGGGAUGCCUCCACUCAGACUCAAGGUUUACGGAUUAAUCCAGUCCCAAUUGGCCCUGGAAUAACAACAACCUGUCAGAAUGGUUUGUUUCGGAUACCAGUUUUACCUGCAUCAAACAACGCUCACAAUAAAGCUACUACAAACAUUGUGACUCAGCCCAGUAUAGAACAGUUGGCAAUAUACAACCCUACCCACAAUACAACACAGAAGCAGUUGAUGCGACCCAGAAAAUUAAAACCAAUAUCUCGGCCUCGACCUGGUGCAGCCGGAAGUCUGGUUCAGAGAACAAUUUUACCUAAAAAUUCUGAAUACAUUACAAUCAUUCCAAUGAUGCCUGGAACUCAGAUUCCGAAUCCGUCCCCAGAGAAAACUACGGAAACCAUCGUGGGACAUCCCAUAAAUGGUAUACAGAAACAUCCAAUCUCUGUCAUGUCCUCGUCACCGGGUGUGAACGUCACUGUCAGAAAUCCAUUGCUUUUAGGUUCGCCAUCAAUCACAUCUUCUCCGCCCGCGAAUACGUCGGGACUAAUGGAGAUGUCGUUGUCACCAGAGGGCGACCAAACAUUACUGAGAAUACCUGCAUCACAUCUGGGCUCUAUGUCACAAGAAACUUUGAAAGCAGCUGGUCUUUCAGCUAUUCCUGGUACCCCCAUCUCAACUAAUGAAGACUCGUACAGUUCCCUAGCAACAUCAACUCCGGUUGCUAAUGUCAAGGGGUCACUAAGUCCACCAAAUCUUUCCAGUUUGUUAGAUAUUUCAUUACCUACAGGUGAGAUAGAAUCUGAAACAACGUUUAGUGGAUUGCUUGAAGAAAACAAGACUUUGACCCUUGACCCUGGUUUGACGACACCACCCAUCCGUGCCAUCACAGACAACCAGUCACAGAAAAGGCUGCACAGUCCCCCAGUUCAAUCCCUGUUCCAGACUUCACCGACACCUGAACAACAGUGGGAUGUACAGGAUUUAUCAUUGUCCAGUUUUCUCGAUACACCGUCCAGACCAGCGACGUCCAGUUCCAAUUCCAUUUUCAAUCCACACAUGCCUAUGUCCCUGUUUAAUGAGAAUUCCAGAGAUUUUCAGUCACAUAGACUGGAUGUAAGUAAUUACAAUAUUGCACAUUUGUAAUGCCACUUUUCA